AUGUCGCCCUUGCAGCCUGUCGCCCUCUUCGGGCUUGAGGUCCCUCCAGGAGACAUUCUGGUCCCUGUCAGCCAGUCUUUCCCUGCUACUGUCCGUAUCACCAUGGCAGCCAUUGACCCCACCGAGGAGGUUGAGGAAGAUGCCGAAGUGCCUCGUCGCCCCCGCUCUACCUUGAAGCUUGUCAAGCAGUCCAUUGGCGACCUAGACGCCGAGUCCGACGAGGAUGAUGAGUACCUGCGCGAUCUGCUCCUUGGCGGAGGCGAUGACGACGACGAAGAGUCCGAGGACGAGGAUGAGGAGACCAACGGCGGCCCCAGCGAUCCCUCCAAGUCUAAGAAGGCCCUCCAGGCCGCGGCUCUCAAGGAGCUGUUGGACGCCACCAAGGACGAGGAGGAUUCUGAUGAGGAGAUGGUUGACAGCGCACCUGGCAAGAAGAAGGGCAAGAAGGCGACUCCCACCAAGGCCGCCAACGCUAAGGGUAAGGCCAAGGCUGUUGAGGUGGAGGAGGAGGAGGAGGAUGAUGAGGAAGAAUCUGAGGACGAGUCCGAGGACGAGGACGAUGAGCUCGCCGGUCUCGACCUUGAGCAGUUCGUGGUCUGCACUCUUGACACAGAGGCUCAGCCUCUGGAGCUCACUAUUGGCGAGGAAGAGAAGGCUUUCUUCGUCAACUCAGGCACCCACACUAUUUACGUCACCGGGAACUACGUUAUCAACGAGGACCACGCCUCCGACAGCGAGGAGGAGGAUUCCGAUGAAGAUGAUUACGACCUGCCCCCUGAGCUCGACGAGCUCAUCGGCGACGAGUCGGAGGACGAGCUCGAUGACAUCGACGGUGUUGGCCGUGUCGAGGAGAUCGACACUGAUGAGGAGGCUCCCACACUGGUGGAGACGAAGAAGGGUAAGAACAAGCGCCCUGCCGAGGAUGUUGCCGAGGGUUUGGACGAGUUGAUCGCCAAGGAGGGCAAGGAGGACUCCAAGCUCAGCAAGAAGCAAGCCAAGAAGCUCAAGAACAACGAGGGCAAGGCCGUGGCUGCCGAGAAGGACACACCAAAGUCGGAGAAGAAGGUCCAAUUCGCCAAGAACCUCGAGCUAGGUCCCACUGGCUCUCCUGCUGAGAAGGGCAAGAAGGCCGCCGCCACUACUGGUGUCAAGGUCGUUCAGGGUGUGAAGAUCGAUGACCGCAAGGUUGGCGCUGGUCGGACUGCUAAGAGCGGUGACAAGGUCGGCAUGCGUUACAUUGGCAAGCUUGAGAACGGCAAGGUCUUCGACUCCAACAAGAAGGGCGCGCCAUUUUCAUUCAAGCUUGGAAAGGGCGAGGUCAUCAAGGGCUGGGACAUCGGUGUUGCUGGCAUGGCCGUUGGUGGGGAGCGCCGACUGACCAUUCCCGCUCACCAUGCCUACGGUAGCAAGGGUGUCCCAGGCAUCCCGCCCCACAGCACCUUGAUCUUCGACGUCAAGCUCCUCGAGAUCAAGUAA